AUGUCCAGAGCUCCCCCUUUCCCCACUCGUCGUCGCUCUCCUUCUGCUUCCAAUGGUUCUCAUUAUACUCAACAACCAGCCUCUGCGCCUGGAACUUCAUCUGUAAAACCUCUGCAAAUAUCGCGUCCAGGGUCGCGACCAACAACACCAGUCAAUUCAUACAUCUCUGCCUCCCCUACAUCAUAUGCACCCCCGAGUACUGCACCACUGGGUCCAUCUCGACCUCAAAGAUCUGAACUAAGAGCUCGUGCUGACUAUGCAGGUUCUGAGCGGGCAUCCACGUCCUCUCAGGAUCCUUACUAUAGGGAUAGCAUAAGCACAUCUCGUUCUGAAAACAACGGAGCGUCCUAUCGUACAACCCCGAACACAGCUACUAACGGUGCUACUACUGCUACUUCUUCUAGGCAAAGGCCACAGCGUAUUCAAAACCCUUCGCAAGACACUGCGGAUGUAACGUCGCCCAACUCCCUCAAUUCUGCCUUGUCCGCAUUCAAAUCUGCUGGUUCGCGACGGCGUCAAACCGAAGAUUCAGAAGAGUACAACUAUCAAAGAGAGAGGGAACUCGAGAUCGAAGCAGAAAAGGCCAGACAACAACGGAUACGAGAUCGUGCGCCUGGGAUCCGAAGGGGAAACACUAGGGCUGGUGAGAUCGAUGCUGUUCUUGACCAAGUUAAAGAUGGCUGGGAAUUUGUAAUUGACCCUAAUUUCAACAGUGUCGACCUUGCAUUACAAUUGCUAGACAAAUCGGCUUUGGGUAAAGACAUGGAAUCUUUCCGCCGAACUAAAAAUAUGCUCUCUAAGGCAUUGAAAGGCUCGGUAGACAAACACUAUCAAGCAUUUGCAGCAUCCCUUCCUCAUCAUGCAUCUCUAUUAAAUCAUCUGGGCAUUGCUCAGACUGAAAUCUCUUCAGCGCGAUCAGCAUUGCUAGACGCAAAAGAAUCUUUAGGAGGGAAACGCGCCGACCUGGUUCAAUUAUGGAAUAGGGGACAAACGCUAGAAGAAAUGAUUAAAAUAUUGGACCAAAUUGAGCACCUCAAGACCGUUCCCGACUUAUUGGAGACACUGAUGUCAGAGAAGCGCCUUCUACAGGCUGCUAUCCUCCUUGUUCGGAGCUUGAAGAUUAUCAAUAAACCAGAUAUGCUUGAAAUCGGGGCGGUUUCUGAUCUAAGAAGCUAUCUGGUUGGUCAAGAAACGGCGCUUCGCGAAAUUCUCAUCGAAGAACUGCAGAACCAUCUGUAUCUGAAGUCAUUUUGGUGUGAAUCUCGGUGGGCGGCAUACGUGCCAAAUCAACGCAGCUUCCCAAAGGUUGAUUUCGAAAAUGAUCAUGGACCUCAGGCUCUGGAUGAAGAGCCUGUCACCCCGUUAUCGCCCACAAUACAACAGACUCGGUUAACACGGUUUCUAAACAACCUUGGUCUGAGGCCCAACGACCCGCCUUACGAUGUAAAUGACGCUCAGCACUCUAAUUCAUUGCAGGGUGCACCAUCUGUUGUUUCCCAGCCAAGCAACUCCUCUUCCACUGCGAUGUAUUUAUCUUCUAAUCUUAACCCUGAGGCGGAUUCGUUUUCAUAUAUGGAAACAUUACUGGAGUCAUUAGCCGUUCUUGGGAAACUUGGCAAUGCUCUGGAUAAUAUCGCACAACGUUUACCUAGCGAAAUCUUUGCACUCGUGGAAACAACCUUAGGAGAAGUAGAAGAGCGAGCUGAGUUUGGAAGAAGAAGAUCUACUCUGGCAAUGAAUAAUAUCCUCGGUGAAACAGAAGGUGCAUACGUACUUAGCUCAGGUACUCUGAUAUCUGGAACAUCUCUUAUCGGAAUGCGAGGUCCUUUGCUCAAGUCCUCGAGCCUGCGUCUGACUGCAUUGGAAUCUCUUGCAAAAAGAGUCGAUCAUGAAAUCCUAAUGGAUCUGUUUUGGACACUGUAUUCAAAACUUGAAGCUGUUGCUCAGGGGUUUAGAGUUGUAACAGAGGUUGCCACUCGGAUCGGAUCAAGACGAGAUUAUAAAGAUUCUUCUGGCACUAAGCCAGGAAUGCUUUUUCCUCUGCCAGAGAUUUGGAACCAUGUUCAAGCAGAGGUCCGAACUUUAAUCAAUGACUAUUUGACCGACGAACAGCAGGGCUCUGUCACCGGCAGAAAUCCCAUCUCAUCGAUCAAUGAAAUUUUACGUGAUGGGAAAUUCAACAGGGAUAGAAUUAAGCCUGUUUUCCGAUUUUCCGAUACUGACUCUAAAUUGACAAGUAAAGCCCUAAAACCCCAUGAAGAUGGACUUACUAGGGCUUUGAAAGAUACAAUGCCUGGUCUGGCUCCGAGUACUACUGGAGACACUGUCCAAACAAUUUUUAGCAAUGCUCAGGACGAUCGCUUACUUGGGGUUGAUCAACACCACCGUCUCCUCAUACGGCCAGAUGCGUUCCAUGUCACUGUGCUUUUUCAACCUACCCUUAGUUACCUUCACCGCGUUGCUGAGAUACUUCCUUCGGGCAUGGAAUUCGCUCAGUCGUCAAGCUCAGUACUGGAUGAGUUUGUUCUAAAAGUAUAUUUACCACAGCUAGAAGAAAAGGUUUCUGAGUUAUUCCACAAUGCCGUUGCAGGUUCUGAGGCAUUUCAGCCUGAUCCACUCUCGGUACGACUGUCUCCUCAACCGCUUCUCAAGGCUUGCACGCAUCUCAUGGCUUUGAUCAACUCUCUGUGUGCUAUGCUCAUAACAAGUCCUUUUCACCGUGAAAACUAUUCACGGCUGAUACUAGGGGUCGUCAUACAGUUCUAUCAACGCUGCAGUGAUCGCUACCAAAACUUAACUACCGCCCAUAAUAAUGAGUCAGGUCGUGAGAAUUCUGUUGCUCUAGCAGCUCAGUGGGCACAGAGGUCCGAACUUCAGCCGUGCUUCAAUGAGCUCAUACGCACAGAGGUGAAAGAGGAAGCGAAAUUGCACAAACUUUAUCGUCAGGAAACCAACAUUCAAUUGCAGUUUCUCGGAGAGAAGCAAUUGUCUAAAGAUGACCUUAUCGUAUCAACCAAAAAUCUUUCAGCUUUGGCUUCUUUGCAUUACAGUGUGUCUUGGUUUUCGGUUGAACUCAACGCUCUGAAGUCUAGACCAGACGACACUCUUCCCCUGAGCCCAAACAAUUUAGAGCCCAUUACCGGAAUGACACCGUCCUUCCCUCAUAUACCCAACUUACCAAACGACACUACCACUGAUCGGCUUAGCUUGCCUCUUUCAAAAGAAAUGUCACUACGAUUUCAGGCCUUGCUUAAAACAUACGACCAAUUGUCUACUUUGAUUUUGGACACUCUAAGAAGCGAAUUGCGUUGUCGAACUAUAUUUUAUCUCACGUCUGCAAUGCGCCACGGCACGUAUGAUUCUACUUACGAAGCUGUUGAACCGGAUCCUCAUGUUGUCGACCUCACUACGGAACUGGUACAAUGCAAUGAAUCCAUGAUCACAAGUUUGCCCGAAGCUCAAAGACGAUAUGUUUUUGCUGGACUCGGACAACUUAUGGAACACAUUCUCAUUAAAGGUGCUCGCCAGUUACGGCGCCCGAACGCCUUCGGUAUUAAGAAGAUGAAGAGAAAUAUCCUAGCAUUGCAGCAAAGUAUCAAGGCCUUAACAGACGAUCCUGAAGAUGCCAGAUUUGAACACGUUCAGCAAUACUUCAAUCUUUUCUUCAUUACUCCACAGGAAAUGCUUGACGGCAUUCGUAAAGAGCAGAAGUUUACGUUCGAUGAAUACCAGACAAUGCUUAGUCUUCAGUGCGGGGUUGACCCUUCCAACACCAGCGAAUCCAAAGGGGCAGGCCGUGAUUAUAAUUAUAGUAUGUAUGUUAUAGAUUUACAUGGACUAGAAAUGGAUAAUUCGGAUCCUUCUAAGUAG